CCGUGCUGUGCAUGGAGUUUAGACACUGCCGAAGUUGUUGCUGAGCACGCUGCGGCAUGUCUGCGAGCAAGAAGAAGAGCAGAGGGAAGCCCGGCUCCUUGAGCGCUUCUCCGGGGCCCGCCGCUGCCGGCAGCCAGCCCUCUCUGUUUAACGUUACCGACUUCUUAGAGAAAGAGGAGGACAAGGUGCCGAACGCUUACAGAUGCUCCUUUCUACAGCUUGGAAUCAGCAGCAUGAGGUCAGCGGGUCUGUGCAUCGGACGGCCUGCUCUACUCACCAGCGCAGAAGGCAGGCAGGAGGUGUGCACUGCAUGGCCAGUCAGUGGCUUUCCUUCUGGAAAGGUUGGGAUAGCUUCCACUGCUCAGAAGACUCUCAAGGUGAAGCCGGGUGAUUCCCUUCACAUUCAGCCUGUGACCGGACAUGUGUUACAAGCAGAAGAGUUAGAAGUCACACUUAGGGAGAAGGAUGCCAGUACUGUCAAUGUUGAAGAGCUGUCUUCUUUUCUGCUGAGGGUCAUGGAUGGGAAAAUAGUUUUACCUGGAAACCUCCUAAACCUGAGUUUCUACGGAAGAUCUUGCAGCUUGCAAGUGGCCAGCAUAAAAGGACCUGAUGGUGGUGUGCAAGGACCAUGCGACAGUAACACACACGAAUCCACUGUUGACCACAGCAGUGUGGACUCUAGCAGUUUGGACUUGUCAUUACAGCUCAGCUCACUAGAUAUUGAGGACCGGCAGGAUAUGGCUGUUACUAGUACACCAAGCAAAGCUGGGGAAAGCAAGUCUCCCCUUCCUUCUUCAUAUUCCGAGGCUCUAAUGGAAGAUCAGAGCAUAGGAGAGCCUUACCAAGAGACUCCUCAGAGUCCCCUCUGUGUCAUAUCUGGUACCAGUGAUGACCGUGCUGGAGUGUCUCCACAUAGGAAAGCUGGACUUAGAUGCAAUACAGAUAUGUUUUAUUAUAUUUCUCCUCUAACUCGAGUCAAAUGUAAAAGUCCAAAAGUAGUUUCAGAAACAGAAGAUGGUUCAAAGAACAAAAUUACUUAUGAUAUGAUUGGUGGUUUACAGAGCCAACUGGAAGAAAUCAGGGAAACAAUAGAGCUGCCACUGAAGCAGCCGGAACUGUUUAAGACCUAUGGAAUUCCUCCUCCGCGUGGAGUAUUACUGUAUGGGCCUCCCGGGACUGGCAAAACCCUGAUAGCUCGGGCAAUUGCUAAUGAAGUUGGUGCUCAUGUUUCAGUUAUCAAUGGUCCGGAAAUAAUGAGCAAAUUUUACGGAGAGUCGGAAGGCAGGCUGCGUCAAAUAUUUGCUGAAGCAUCACAACGUCUGCCUUCCAUUAUAUUCAUCGAUGAACUUGAUGCACUUUGCCCCAAAAGAGAAGGGGCGCAGAGUGAAGUGGAGAAAAGGGUGGUCGCAUCAUUACUCACACUUAUGGAUGGCAUAGGCUCGGAAGAAAGUCAGGGCCAGCUGCUGGUUCUGGGUGCAACCAAUCGUCCUCAUUCAUUGGACCCUGCAUUACGUCGCCCAGGACGAUUUGACAAAGAAAUAGAAAUUGGUAUUCCCAAUGCUCAGGGGCGCCUGGACAUUCUCCGACGUAUACUCGUCAAAGUCCCACAUCAGCUGAACGAAGAGGAACUUACAGAUUUAGCCAGCAGUGCCCAUGGCUAUGUGGGUGCAGACUUAGCAGCUCUGUGCAAAGAAGCAGGUUUGAAAGCUCUGAGGAGAAAACUAGAAGAGAUGUGCAACCCAUCCGACAUUGAAGUGGCUGGCUCAGUGGUAAUCACUCUGAAUGAUUUCCUGCAGGCGAUGAAUGAUGUCAGGCCUAGUGCCAUGCGGGAGGUGGCCGUGGAUGUGCCUAAUGUAUCAUGGUCUGACAUUGGAGGGUUGGAAAAUGUUAAGCUUAAACUGAAGCAGGCGGUAGAAUGGCCAUUAAAGCACCCUGACGCCUUUACUAGAAUGGGAAUACAGCCACCAAAGGGAGUAUUGCUUUAUGGACCCCCAGGCUGCUCCAAAACCAUGAUUGCAAAGGCUUUAGCAACCGAAAGUGGACUGAAUUUCCUGACGGUGAAGGGUCCAGAACUGAUGAAUAAAUAUGUUGGUGAAUCAGAAAGGGCGGUUCGCGAGAUAUUCAGGAAAGCAAGAGCAGUUUCUCCAGCCAUUCUCUUCUUUGAUGAAAUAGAUGCUUUGGCUGUUGAGAGAGGAAGCUCUGGAGCUGGGAAUGUAACGGACCGGGUUAUAGCUCAACUUUUGACAGAAAUGGAUGGAAUAGAACAACUGAAGGAUGUGGUGAUAUUGGCAGCUACAAAUCGCCCUGAUUUAAUAGACAAGGCUCUCAUGCGUCCAGGACGUAUUGACAGAAUCAUUUUUGUGCCAUUGCCGGAUGCUGCCACCCGCCGGGAAAUCUUUAGACUCCGUUUCCAGAGUAUGCCUAUUGAUCAGGAGGUCAAUUUAGAUCAUCUUGUGUUACAAACUGAGAAGUAUUCAGGAGCAGAGAUCACUGCUCUUUGUCGAGAGGCCGCAUUAUUGGCUUUGCAGGAGGAUAUACAUGCUAAUUGUAUUACGGGAAAGCAUUUUGAUCAAGCUUUGACCAUCGUGACACCAAGAAUUCCCGACUCCCUUCUCCAGUUUUACGAGACUUACCAUCGGAAAAGUGGACAGCAUAAUUUAUAAGUUGCCUUUUGUAUGUGGAAAGCGUAUUAAACUGUCGUGUCGUCAGCAUUCUGGAAGUAAACGGCUAAUAACAGAUCAGCGGCUUGUGAAAAUGUUACCUAAUGAAACCCAAUCUGACAUGUCAUAUAGCAAAAUGCUCAUGAAGCUAAAUCCAUACACAGUACAUUCAUCUGCCAGAGGAGCUGCUGAAAUGUUACCUCAGGAGGUGAAUUUCAAGAUGGGUGAUGAGAGAACGCGCUUGACAGACAGUGAAGGAUAGCACAUUCCUAAAGUACAGACGCUUAAUGAAUACGAGCCAGAAACGGGAAGGAAGUGUUAUCUCUAAGGUAGUCUGUUCGAAGGAAAAUUUAGUUAUAUCAUGUUAGAGACUAAAAAAAGCGCAUUUCCUCCAGGGCAAAUUCUGACCUGAUUUUUAGUUUUGUUGUUUUUUUGCUAUUUCUACAUACUACUUGCUCAGAGAAGAGAAGCUCCUGAAAAGUUGGAAAAUUUAGUGAAAGCAUUACAAUCCUAACAUGCACUUACAAUACAGCUAUGUGAAUUCAGCCUAGGGCGUGAUGCUCACAGCAGAGCCACUCAUAUGGAAUCUGAUGGUGGUCUCUACGAAAAGCACUGCUGCAGUGGAAGACCGUAUCCUGUAGUCUGAUCCAACGGGCUGUUCCAGCAUAAAUGCCGGCUGUCGGCCGGACAAAAACCGCUGUGGUAUUUGACCAGCCCAAACCCUGCAUUUAUGAUGGAAAAGCGGCCAAAUCACCGUCAGAUCCCAUUAUGGUCCAUGGGGAUCUAGCGGUACAUGGUCGUAUCUGGCAAUGCCGGAUAGCGUGAGCUUCGGUAGCCUCAUCCUCAGCUGGAUCAGGCCACCAGAAUUCAAACGUAACCUUUGAACAGGGGCUAAUACAGUGCCAUACAGCGUAUCAUAUGGCAAUACACAGAGAAUACAUAUUCCAGCCGUAUUAGGGGAGGAGAAGAUAAGGCUGGGUUCUCAUGUGACUGAAAAUCUAUCAGAAAAAUCUGCUCCGGUUUUUGCCGUGUUUCCUCACCAAAAACCGUAUGUUACAUGAAGUCUUUGCAGGGGACUUCACCUUCUCCCUUUCUAAGGGUGAAACCCGCAGCAUAAAUUGAUUUCAAAUCCACACCUAAGGUCGAGUAGGCUGCAGUUUUUGGAUGUGAAUUCAGAAAUUCUCAUCUAUUUGCUGGUACUGUACAACACCUUCACAAAUCUGCAACAGAUCCCGCCUAUGUUAUAACAGCCUGCCUCUGCUUUGCCAUAUUACAGUCCGCCAUAAAAGAUGACUGAUAGAUUUUCAGAACAACUGCUGGGAAUUCAUUUGUAAAGAUCAAUUCCAACAGAAAUAGAUUAGGAAAUCUUUAUUUAUUUCCCGGAUAUAAUUGUGUAGGUUUAGUUUCUAGUUUCAGCAUAUAACAUGUGCACAUGGCUGUUGCAGGCUACAACGCGAAUCUGAUCGGUUGCUAUCAGUGUUGAGCGAAUCGAAGUCCACAAAGUGAUCCGAAUUUCAGGGAAAGUUUGAUUUGCCGCAAAUCCGAAUUUCC